CCCCCGAACCACCCACUAUUAAACGUUUACUGGGAAGCAGCUGGAAGUCCUCCAUCAACCACCUGAUCAGCAAGUGAAGAAAAGACAACUUUGUAGCUGCUUCAUCCACCCUGUUUGUUUCACACAGGGAAAAACUGCUGUACGGAAGUUAAAAUAUGCAGAUGAACUGUAAUUCUUAUCCAAUUACUUCAGUAAUCAAUGGAAUUAUCGAUAGAAUACUUAAUUACUAAAGUUGCAGCCCUAAUUUAAUUUGCUCCUUUAGGACAGCACCACCACAACAUGUGAGAGAGAUGUAUGCUCAAGGCAUGAUUGAAAAGUUCCCAAACCUGCGUGAUCCUUAUUCCAAAAAUGGAUAUGAAGAUUUCUAUUAUGGUUAAAGUGGCUACUUAGCAUGGAGGCUUAAAACCAUCCAGAGGAAGAGCACCUUAUCAGAGGGGAGAAGAUCAUCAUGUCAGCUGACUGGGUGUGGACCAACAGCCAGAGGAGAUGCUUCAUUUAACCCUGAGGUGACCCUAAGAGAAGAGCCAUAUAAGGAAGCUAAUUCCUUCAUGAAAUACUCUUCUGAUGAGGCCGCCAUCAGGAACAAAAUGAAGAUGAUGUUUGAUUACCGUUGCAAGAUGGUCCUGGACGAAAACAGAUCAUCCAGCGUCUUGACUGAAUUUCCUCGCUUCAGAGAUGUCAGAGGCUUGAUUGAUCAAGACUUCAUUCUGGAAUUUGGAGAAGAUGUAGCUACCAGGUUUUUGGAGAGGUGGCCGACUGUUUUCAAGCAUAAAGUGAUCCAGCAGAGCAAGACUCUCCCUACCUCAACCGACCUUGAAGAAGUGAUCUACUGUGCUGAAGGAGCUUCAAGUGAGGAGGAACUGGAUGAGACCCUUACCUCUGGCUGGGACAGUGAUCUGGCUUCCAUCAUUCUCCUGUUCCACCUGAUUCCUCCUUCCUGUCAGGGUUACAAAAGACGUGGGAAGGUUUCUCCAUCCCAGGAUGAGGAGCACCAUGUGGUCUUCCAGAAGGUUUGUAAUAGUGGAACAAGUGUCCAGGAACAUGCUGAUGCCAUGAACUCCACUACGCAGCCCUACCCACUUGCUGUUGGGACAAAGAGGAGCACCAUUCAUGAGUUCUUCAUUGUUCUGGACAAGCAGGUCGUACCAUGCAAGUCAGCCAGCUCACUUGGAGCUUUUGAUGAAAUUUUUCACUUCGUAUUUGGAACUGUUUAUAAUCAAAUGCUCCACAACAUGUACGUCUUGGAACUUGGAGAGUUAAAGGAAGGUGCUGAAAUUGCUUCAGAACUUUGUAGUGAACACUCUCUCUCUCCAUGUCAAACACAAAAUUACUUUCAACUGGGGCUACAGAAUUUCAUCGGCAACAACAUAUUCCUAAUUGGUCACUGGUAAUCUAAAGAUCUAAUUUGAAAAGCUUUUGUGUAAAAUUUUAUGUGACCUUAAGAAAAUGGGUGCUUUUAACUUUGUCACUGACCAAUUGAUAUUUGUCGUUUGUUAAAAAUGGCACUAAUGUCAAGUUCUUCAAAAAAUAUGUAUUUCUUAGAUAAAUGGAUAAAGAUGUUCCAGUCAAUUCACAUUGUCUUAGAAAAGUUUUUUCUUUCUAAUCAAACUGAAAAUGCAGAGAAGCCUUUAAGUGCAUUUUAUUUUUGUACUGAACUUAAUAAAUUAAUA